AUGUCGUCCUCUCAUCCGCUCACUCUUACCUUCGAUCUGCACGAUCUCUCGCGUCAUCUGUUCCUGAUUGAACACGACGACAGCUUCUCGCGUCAAGAUGCUCGCAUUGGCAACAAUAACGACUUCAAUAUGACUCUCUGGCAACAGGCACUUGACGCGAUGGGCGAUGGUCCUACGGUCAAUGCACUCGACCUCGGACGCGGGAAAGCUGCUAGAGUUACCAGCGAACGUGCUCAGAACCCUGAGGACUUGUAUGGCGUUCGAGCAGCGGGCUUCGGAGCUAUCGAGGCAGGUUUUGUUCUCACCGCAAUGGGUGGCCCUCUCGGAGUUGCCCCGCUUAGCUACGUUCGCACUUUCUUCGAACAAGAGAGACUGCCAUGGAACGAGGGCUGGAGACCAUUCCCUGAAGCCACAAACGCAGCCAAUGUUGCUGCUCUGGCUGCUGCCGCGUUGGCAGCUGAUCCCAAUCUCCUUCCGAAUGCGGUCAGAGUCGUUAUCGAUACUCCAUCGGUAUGUGUUUGCCCGAUGAAGAUAUCAGCCAUCAGCCUACUAAACUCGACCAGGAGACUUUCGAAACUAUCAUUCCACCUGACUACGACCCCACUGCAAACUUGA